GCAGAGUCGCUAGCUCCCUGUCCUCAGUGUUGUGUUUUUGGAGUUUGACCACAUAGGACUGCUGGACAGGAAGGUUUUCCAAAAGCGAAAGGGAACAAUGAACUGGAACACCGAAUAGCGAAGAAACUGAGAUAUUUCUCGAAGUUUUUUUGGCCAUCUUGUGGAUUAAACACGUUAUUCUGGCCGCAGAGCCAUGGACCCAUUUUCACCCAGCACCCCAACCAACUCACAGCCCAGCCCCUCACCUCCUACCACCCUGAGGCCAGGCUCCUCAUUGUCCAGUUCAUCUACUGCCACAGCCGGUCUAUCGUCAGACAGGCCUAGAUCUAAAAUCACCUUGCCAACACCUCCAACUACCCCCUCCUCUUCUGCCUCCAGUGCCUCUCCACGGAUUCCUCCUAGGCUUUUGUCCCGUUCUUCAUCCCUUUCAAUGCCAUCUUCCUCACCUGUCCACCAGCCCAUCAGGAGCUCCUCCCUAGUGGGUAGAUCUCAACUGAAUGCAGCCUCUACAGCGAGUCCCCCAGCAGCUUCACAUGCUCCUCCCUCGCCUGAACCAGAGGAGCCAGAAGAGGAGAUCAGUUUUGAGGAUCUGGAGGACAGAGCAAAGUCAGGAGAUGCCAAAGCACAGACGAAGAUGGGGCGUUACUUCCUGGCUCUGGCUGAAGAAAGGGAUGAGGAGCUGAACAACUGUACAGCAGUCUCUUGGCUGGUCCAGGCUGCUAAACAGGGCCGCAAGGACGCUGUGAGGCUGCUGCAGCAGUGCUUGGCCUUGAGAAAAGGCAUCUCUUUGGAGAACUAUGAGGAAGUGAAGAAGUUGUCCACAGAGACACGCUUUGAAAGAGGAGUUCGAAAAGCUGCCCUGCUCAUGUACUGGAAAUUGAACCCAGAGAGGAAGAAGUCAGUCAGUGUUUCUGAGAUGCUUGAGAAUGUUGAACAUGUCCACUCAGAGCCUGGCCAACCUGUCUUCCCUGGCCCGCUUAACAGGUCUGCCAAGAAACAGAGGAGAGUCCUGGAGUCUAUGGUCACCAACGAGUCCACUUCCCAUGUGGGUCUGGACGACUUUGUUGAGAUGACCAAGAAGUACGCUCAGGGUAUUGCACCAUCACCGGUUAUGGCUGCAGCAGGAGAUGAUGAUGAUGAUGAUGACGAUGACACUGCAGCUGUGAAGAACCCAGAUGAGCUGCCCCUGCAUCAAAAGCUGCUUAAGUUCCCCCUGUACGCACUGUUGGAGAUUAAGGAGCACCUCAUCGACUGGGCGUCACGGGCAGGCAUGCAGUGGCUCAGUGCAUUGAUCCCUACACACCAUGUCAACGCUCUCAUCUUCUUUUUCAUCAUCUCCAACCUCACCAUUGAGUUCUUUAUCUUCCUCAUCCCCCUGCUGGUUUUCUACCUCUCAUUUUUCUCCAUGGUCAUCUGUACGUUGCGUGUAUUCCAGAAUUCUAAAGCGUGGGAGAAUUUUCGGGCUCUGACCGACCUGCUGGCUCACUUUGAACCUGGUCUCGAUCUGGAACAGGCUGAAACCAACUUUGGAUGGACACACUUAGAGCCCUAUCUGUACUUCCUACUCUCUGUGGUCUUUGUGGUUUUCUCCUUCCCUGUUGCUGAUAAAUCCUGGAUCCCCUGCUCGGAGCUUGCUGCCGUUGCUCUUUUCUUCACUGUCACAGCCUUCCUCAGCCUCCACGCCUCAGCUCAGCUCUUUGCUCGUAAAGCUCUGGUCACAGAGGUCCUCUCUGGAGCCUGCUCCCUAACUCACCUCCUACCAGACUCCCUCUGGUUCCUCAGGGUUUUUGGGAUGACGUUUAUUUCUGUGCCUCUGGGAGACAUUGUGGUGUUAAACCUGGGCAUGCCCUGGGUCCUGUACGGUCACCUUGUCUAUCUCCUCUUUCGCAUGGCCCAGAUGAAAGGCUUCAAAGGCACCUACCUUUGCCUGGUGCCUUACCUGGUUUGUUUCACCUGGUGUGAACUCUGUUUGGUCUUCCUCAAUAACGCCUCUGCAAUAGGACUCAUCCGCACCUGUGUGGGCUACUUCCUCUUCCUGUUUGCUCUUCCUAUACUCUCAUUGGGCCUUGCUACGAUGCUCAUCAUCCAGUUAAUGCAGUGGUUUGUCACCCUUGAGGUGACCAAGAUGAUUGUCACAUUGACUGUUUGUUUUGUGCCAGUAGUGCUGAGGCUUUGGACGCGCUUCAGCCUCAACCCCAUUGUGGUUUUCCGCUCUUUGUCACGAAGUAGCAUUGUCAAGCUCAUCCUGGUGUGGCUCAGUGCAGUGGUGCUCUUCUGUUGGAUGUACGUCUACAGAUCAGAGGGCAUGAAGGUUUAUAACUCUACUCUGACAUGGCCUGAGUACAGCAACCUCUGCGGUCCUCUGGCAUGGAAAGAGUCCAACAUGGCGCAAACUCAGAUCCUUUGCUCCCAUCUCGAGGGACACCGAGUCACCUGGACUGGGCGCUUUAAAUACGUCCGUGUGACAGAUAUUGAAAACGGACCACAUUCGGUCAUCAAUCUCCUCCCUGUGUUUGUGGGGAAUUGGAUGCGCUGUCUGUAUGGUGAGCCUUAUCCUUUGUGUGAAGCAAAAAACAUCACAGCGGACCCUCAGCCACUUCCUGCUCCUGCACCUCCUACAGAAAACCCCCUUUGUAAACUUAAGAAACUCGCCAAACAUGAAUGCCACAUCAAACGCUUUGAUCGAUACAAAUUUGAAGUCACAAUGGGCAUGCCGCUGGAGAGAAAAACCAAGGAUGGGACACUUAUAGAGGAUGAAGACGCCACUAAGGAUAUAGUUCUACGAGCCAGUAAUGAGUUCAAGUUGGUGCUUUUACACUUGAAUACAGGAAGCCUAGUGGAGUUCAGCACUAUUCUGGAGGGCCGUUUAGGCUCUAAAUGGCCUGUAUUUGAACUGAAAGCUAUCCAUUGCUUGUCAUGUGGCAACGUCCGUUUGUCCAGCCGCAGGCAGUACAAGAUCGAACAUGACUGGAGGCGCACAGCUCAGAAUGCCCUGCAGUUUGGGUUUGACUUCUUCUUCAACCCUUUCCUUACAGCUCAGCUAGAACCACACCCCUUAGAAACAGAAACAGAAAUUGUGGCAGAGGAACAAGGAUAGAGUCAAAGGUUUGACUGUGUUCUUCACCCUUGGGAGAAAUAAGUUGUGUGAUGAUGACAUUAAUAUCUUAAGAUGAUAGAUACUUUCAUUUCAUUUGUUAGGUCUCAAAACACUACAUCUGUUGAAUCCAUUUACUGACAUCAUUAUUGUGACACUGUAUCUUGUGGCCAAACUCUUUAAUACAGACACUGAACAUUUCAUUGUCUUCACAGAAUACAUUACAGUCUAGGUCGUUUCAUUUCAUCAUGUGUGUAACAGUGUUGACGGCCUGGAUAAGAUCAAGGGUUUCUCAGCUUUUGACCUAUAAAUGAAUAUUAUCAACAACCGUUUCUGUGUCACGCUGAAGUAGUUGCUAUUAGACACUAGUUUCAAGUGCCUUUUUAAGACACUGGUUAAAAAAAAAUAUGUGGCACAGACCAAACUGAAUAAUGUCACUAAUUUUUAUUCCUUCAAAUGCACAUGGUUGCAUUGGAUUUCAUAUUUAUUACAGAGCAGUUAACCAGGUUUAUCUCUGCCCUGUGUUUUUUAAUGUGUCUUACUGUUCCUCCUGUCCUCUCUUUCUUCACCUUGUUUCCUUUCCUGCUGUGCAGGGAUUAAAUAUACGGAUAUUA